AUGGUGCAAUGUGCAGCGUUUGGCUGCAAUGCUCGUCCUGAAAAGCAAACGGAAAAGAAAGGAUUCUUCGGCUUCCCAAAGGACGAAAGUAUUAAGCGGAAAUGGAUUCUAGCCGUGAAUUCACGAAGGAUUAUCGACGGAAAGGUGGUGGACUUUACGCCAAGCAAAUAUGCAAAACUCUGCAUAAAACAUUUUGAGGAUAAGUGCUUUGUCCACACCCCGAGUGUGAUGGCGAGUGCGGGCUUUGGGAUGAGACUGUCGCUGCAUCCUGAUGCAGUGCCAACUUUGUUCCCUGACACGGACAACUUGAAGGCAUUACAGCCGAAAGCCCUAAAGCCCGACGAGUUAGGAGCCCCAAAACGGAAACGUGACACCUAUGGUGCUUUUGCCAAGAGAAAUCGCAAAACGGUGGAUGAGGUACUGAAGUUGGCAGAGAGUGAGUUGUCUGCAGAAUCACCAGUCGCGGAGACUCCUGCAAGCCUUGACGAACCUGAUUUGUUGACACCCAGUCAUUGUUCAAAAGCUACUCAGACUACAGAGGAAGAAGCAAUUUGA